AUGCGAAUGACGCUGGCGAGAAAGGGACUGCUAUCACACAUCCAGAUGGUCAAGCCCGAAGCUGAGAUGACUGAAGCGUGGGUGAUUAAUGACAUGAAGGCACUGGGAUUGAUUGCUCAAGGCAUUGCGGUGGAGCAUCACACCAAGAUUCGGUCGGCAACGACGGCUAUCCAGGCAUGGAUUACGUUGCGUGAGUUCUACAAUCGUACGACCAUGCACAAUCGGGUGGCGAUGACCCGCCGUCUUCAUGAUUUUAAGAUGGACGACGGCGUGACGAUGACCCAGCAUCUGGACAAGUUUGAUCAACUUAUUGUUGGUCUCCAGUCUCUGGGAGAGCCAAUUGACGAAGCGCGACAGCUCGUGGUUUUGCUCAGCAGUCUGCCUGCAGAGGACGAGAUCAUCGCGUCGAUCGUGGAGAACGCCAAGGACGUCACUCACAUUGAGGUAAAGGAGAAGCUUCUUAAGGAGUAUGAGCGACAGGACAAGAAGGAAGCCACGGAACGCGCGCUAAAGGCUACAACACAUGGGAUCAAGUCGAAGAACGCAAGGUUCGACAAGAGCGAAAGGAACAAUGGACGCAAGGACAACAUCUCAAGGAAACAAAGUGGAUUCAAAGGCAAAUGCUUCAACUGUGACAAGUUCGGUCACAUGAAGCGGGACUGCCCGGACUUUAAGGGCCUGGCAAAAAUGAAGUGGACGCUGUUUUCGCUGCCGGGGAGAGUCGAUCAUCAGGGUGGCUGA